UCUGAAACAUACAGAAAUAUUAUGAAGAGAAAAAUGGGAGAUCGGAAAAGACCGGCGAAUACUGCGAACAAGAAGACGAAAAUUGAGUGGCCAUCCGUCAAACCCAAGUCUAAUCUUCAAAUCACUCGCCUCAAAGACGACGAUCUCUUUACAAUUCCAAACUAUUUAACUUGUGAUGAAUCGAAAGCAUUUAUCAGUACCGCCGAGUCAAUUGGUUUUGUCCACCAAGGCAGCCUUGGUCCUACCAGAGGAGAAGCUUACAGAGAUAAUGAUCGAAUAUCUGUUAACGAUCCUAUUCUUGCACAAGAAAUAUGGGAAGCUGGACUUGACAAAUCUUUUGCAAACUUCAAGAUUCGAGGAAAAGUUGCGGUUGGUCUAAAUCCUAAUUUGAGAUUUUACAGGUACACUGCUGGUCAGCGAUUCGGAAGGCAUAUUGACGAAAGUGUUGAUCUCGGUGAAGGGAUGUGUACUCACUACACAUUAUUAAUUUAUCUAAGUGGUGAUUCUGGUCAAACUAAACCCAAGUUAAAGAACCAAGUUGGUUCUCGAGAUUCUGCGGAUCAAUUGGUUGGAGGAGAGACUGUUUUUUACGGUCCGAGAAAUGCUCUCGUAGCUGAGGUACCCCCGGCUGAAGGAAUGGCUCUACUCCAUGUUCACGGUCAAAAGUGCAUGCUGCACGAAGCUCGUAAUGUGAGUAAAGGCAUCAAGUAUGUCUUACGAUCCGAUGUUGUAUUCGCCUAACGAGGGCAAUUCCUCAGAAUCAUCUUCUUGUAAGUUUCUGAUUUUCUCAUUCAUACAAAAAAAAUCUGAAUUUUAUCACUUAAUAUAUAUAAUGUAUCCGCUUUGAUUGUGUGUAUGUGUGUUUGAUAUGAAAUUUAUGUUCACAAAUCUUGAAUUCUCCAAUUUCGUUCCGAUGGAAUUGACGGCUGAGAUGCAUCAAGACCAGCUAAAUGUGACACCAAUUUAAGUGAAUUAUUUAUUUAAUAUAAUAUUAUUCCUUUUUGUAUUUGUA